UGCAUGCUUUUCUCACAGGUACAUACUUUGUGUUUAAUAACUUUACUAUCAAUGCUCGUUCCUCAACCUGGCUUGAAGGAUGGUGCUCAGUGAACGGUGUACCUUUCCUGCAGUUUCAUGACAAUAAAGCCACGCCUUUGGGUGACCUGGGAAAGGUGGUAAAUGCCACCAGAGCAUGGACAGAUUUCACCGAACGUCAGAAUUACAUUGCAGAAGAGUUGAGGAAUCAGAUACUUAACACAGAAGAAGAGGCAGACAAGACCAUGGAUCACCACAUCUGGCAAGUCAUCAUGGAAUCUCAAUAUAAACAAGGACAACUCAGUGAUGCCUCCUGGAAAUUCAUCAUUGGUGGACAGAAUUCCUUCUACUUUAAUCCAGUGACCAAAAGGUGGGGAGCAAUUCAUGAUAAAGCCAUAGGUAUCAUGAAGAAAUGGGAGACGGACACAGUACUAGCAGAUGAUCUAGCAAGGUUCUCCAUGGAAGUAUCCGGUUACUACCUCAAGGAAUUCUCAAAGCACUGGAAGGAAAUUCCAACACUAACAUCAAAGGACCCAGAUACCACCCAGUUUCCAUCUGCUGGUUCGCGCUCUCCAUGUAUUGCAGCAUUUAUCAUCAUGGGAGUCAACUUACUAGUCUUUAUUUUGGCAUGAUUGUGGAGAUCUUCGGUACCCAAGGAGGUGCUCCCUGCCGCUCCUCUUCCUCUGUAGUCUGACCCCCAGCCCUCAUCAUCAGCUGUGUCCGGUGACUCUUGAGCAGUUCAUGUGCCUUCUUCAGCAAAGCCAACAAAUGUAUUUAUGAUGACAUCUCGGAAACCUGCCCUGUUGACUUCCGACCAAACGGAUGGGAAAUCCUCUAAGUGAUGGUCCUCGGCGCCGGACUCACCAGGGGAUCUAAGUGCAAACAGGCUGUUGCCAUCAGGGGCUUCUUCUCAAUUUGUUCCCUUUCCUGUCUCAUUCUUAGAUGAUAGCUUUGUGGAUCAGGCUGGGCGGGACUCUAAACUACUCCUCACUGUACAGAACAGUGGCUUGCCCUGGGUGACUCCAUGUAGCUGGAGUUUUCCUGCCUGGCCCACGGUCAGGACAAAUCUCUCUCACCUACACAGCAAAAUUUGUCAUUUUCUUGUUUUCAAAAUAGGUUCCAAUGCACAAUAUUAUCAAGUCUUACAUUGUCAUUGGUUAAUGUGAUUUUUCACACAUAGCUUCAAUAACCUGUUGACAUUAUUUGUA